AGAGAAAAGAAAUCACAAAUGGGGAAAGGAGGAACUUGACGUUGUUGUCAUCAUCACAUCGAGGCGUUGGUACACACCACGUUGCCCGGGCGAGUUUCGUCACUUCUGUUGAAAUCCGGAUCCGGAGAGGUGUAUAUAAAAGCCCCAGGCCGGUUGCCUCCAGACAUCAGCCUUGUCUCCUGGAUUCAUUCGUUGAGUUUGAUUUUUCUAGAAACAUCAUGUCUCACGCCCAUGCCACUCCCGCCGGGCACAAGCCGAAGUUGGGCGACGCCGAGGGAAACUGCACCCUGGAGAAGGCCUUCACCACCAUCAUAAACGCUUACCACCGGUACUCUCCGCGACAAGGCAAGGACGACUUCCUGAGCCCCCAGGACCUGAAGGAGAUGCUGCAAGAACAGUUGCCCACGUUUCUCGAGGCCUGUGGCCGUAACCGCCCCGGUUACAUCGAGCAGCUCUUCAAAGAGUCGGACAUCAAUAAAGACAAGGUUCUGACUUUUGAGGAGACCGUCCGCAUUUUCCUCAAAGUGGCUGACGAUGCCCACCGCCUCAGCCACAAGGAGGACCGGUGUGGACCCGACAAGGAUUGAGCGCCACUCCUUCGGAGAAGAACCCAUUGCAGCAUAUAUUUCAGAUCUUGGGGUUAGGAUUCCAAUACCUUCUGGCCUUCACCUCCCAUAGGUCCACACCUUCUGGCCUUCAUCUCCCAUAGGUCCACAUCUUCUGGCCUUCACCUCCCAUAGGUCCACACCUUCUGGCCUUCAUCUCCCAUAGGUCCACACCUUCUGGCCUUCAUCUCCCAUAGGUCCACAUCUUCUGGCCUUCACCUCCUAUGGGUCCACACCUUCUGGUCUUCAUCUCCCAUAGGUCCACAUCUUCUGGCCUUCAUCUCCCAUAGGUCCACAUCUUCUGGCCUUCACCUUCCAUGGGUCCACAUCGUCUGGCCUUCACCUCCCAUGGGUCCACACCUUCUGGCCUUCACCUCCCAUGGGUCCACACCUUCUGGCCUUCAUCUCCCAUAGGUCCACAUCGUCUGGCCUUCAUCUCCCAUGGGUCCACACCUUCAACUCCCAUAGGUCCACAUCGUCUGGCCUUCAUCUCCCAUGGGUCCACAUUUUCUGGCCUUCAUCUCCCAUAAGUCCACAUUUUCUAGCCUUCAUCUCCCAUAGGUCCUGGGGAUCUUCUGGCCUUCACCUCCCAUGGAUCCACAUCUUCUGGCCUUCAUCUCCCAUAACUCCUUCCCAUUGGUGCGGCUCUUCAGGCUUUGCAUCCGCCCCUCCUUAUUUGAGCCAAGUAGCGUCAGAUGGGAUGAGCGAUAUAUAUGUUCUGCAAUGAUAUAUUGUCCACCAUGUUUGAGUCCAAAAUGUUGAAUAAAGACACCUUGUAACAAA